CCCAUGGCGGCAGCGGCCGCCCCGCCGGAGCCGGAGCCGGAGCCGGUGCAGCAGAGUGGGGAGCUCCGGCGCCGGAGCGGAGAGGGGUCGCGGCCGCUCCGCGUCCCUGAGUGCGAGAGGAGAGCGCUAUGCUGCUUCACCUGGUAGCCGAGUUUGACCUGCAGAGGGAUGUGGUCCCCUGGCUGGCGGCGCGGGGUUGGGCCGCGGCUCUAGAUACUUCUGAGAAUUCAUCAGCACUCUACGUUGUAAAUGUUGAAAGAAAUGGAAAUAUUAUUUAUACCUGGAAGGGAAAUCAGAGAAAUACUCACAUUGGAUUGUAUGAUCUUCAAACUAAACAAAAUGAGCACCUCUAUAUGUUUGAGAGGGAUCUACACAUAAUCAGUUGUUCGAUCAACAAUGAAAGGACGUUAUUGGCUGUCAGCUUCUGUCAAUAUACAGAGGAAGAAAGAGUAAGUCAGCUAUUACAGUCAGUAUCCAAGUAUUUAACCUUGCUAAUUGAAAUUCAUCCCAUUAAUAAUGUGAGAGUCCUAAAGGCUGUGGAUAGCUGUGUUCGAGUACAGUUUCUUUAUCCAGUUGAAGACAGAAAUACUUCUACAGAAAAUCGCCUCUUGCUGGUUUCAGAAGAUAAAUAUAUUGAACAAUUUGACAUUCAUGUUGUUGCAGAAGAAGAACACAAAGUGGUGAUUCAGAACGCAGGUCAGCUUCCAAGAGCCAGAGUUACAGAUGAUCUCAUUUGGGCACAAUGGGAUAUGAUGGAACAAAGGCUCUUCUACAUUGUUCCAAAGGGAUCAAGGAGUACUUUAAAAUGUGUCCAGUUUUAUCCUGAUGAAAAUUUUAACUCAAUACUGGAAUCACACCUGGAUAUUUCUGUAAAUGACACACAAUUAAAACUUGUGAAUUUUGGAUAUGAUUACUGUCAAGACCAAGAUGUUGCAUCUAAAUCUUUGAAUCUUCAGGUUUUUACAAGUAAAGCAGGAGGCUUGUGUGUGUGUUGUAGUCUAGCUUCUGAUAUUCCAGAUGAAAUAAUGUACUCCAUAUAUUUUUUACAUAAAGGUUACAACAAAACUUUUACAGUUUCUCUAGAAAGAACAGAAUCUCAUCAAUUGAAGGAAGUGGCCUUUAUGAAUCUUGACUAUUAUGUGGCUGCUUAUUUGCCUGGCCAGUUCCUGCACCUCCUGAAUAUUCAGCAUCCUGACCUGCUGUGCUAUAGUUUAUUUCUGACAGGUGAGGAUGCAAGAAUUGACAUGUUGCAGAACUGCCCCAUCCAAUCUCCACUCGUGUCAACAGUCUUGGAUUGCCGCGCAGGAAGUAUGUAUGCCGUGAGCAUCAGUGACAGCGCCUUACUACAGUUCCUACAGAACAGCAAACAGGACGGUGAGAGAUUGGCGGCUCUGCAUUGUGCCCUGCUGUACUUCCAACACACGGAAGACUUGGAAAUGCAGAUUAUUUGGUGGAUUUCUGACAACCUGUCAACGUGUCAUUCUUUUGACCCCAUUCAAGAAUUUAUCAUUGCCUCUCUGUACUGCAGAAUGUGUCCAGAAACUCACGACCUGGAUAAACUUUUGCCCUACACAUCACUGCUUGACUGGAUUGGGAUUAUCCCUGGUGUAACAUGUGCAACAGACAUUAUUUCUCUACCUGUGUUAGAGUUCCAAAACUCCAAAGGCUUCUGGGAGAAACUCAACUCAAACUUGGAGAGUGUGAAGUAUGCAGAGCCACACUUGCAUUACCACAGUAACGUGCUCAGAAGAGAAUGGCGUAACCUUUCAGAAGAGAGAGAGGAGAGAACCACCACAGCAUAUUUGAGGAAUAUUUUUGAAAAUGCCAAAAAGGUGCUUUCUCAUCUGGACACUUGGGACUCUGAGGAAAGGCUGGUACCACUCUUUCAAGAGGAGGAUUAUCAGCAGCAAUUACUGAUGGGACUGAUGGUUGCUCAGCUAAAGGAUCACCUUAUGAGACAUCUACAGUAUGUAGGAAAAAAGAAGAUUGACCAAAUUGUUUUGGAUUACGUUGCAAACCUGCUGAAUCUAGUACAUCGAAUAAUGAAGGAGGUUUGGAGGAGAUACCAGCUUCAUUCUUGCAUCUUCUGCUUUGAUGAGAGAGGAAAUGCAGGAGAGUUUGCGGUGUUCCACAUCAUGAGUCGGAUUCUAGAAGCUGCAAAUGGCAUGUGCAUGCCUUUACCUCCUGGUUUUCACACUCUACACUUGGGGCUUGGUGUUCGAUGUCUCCCUCUGCACACCCUCCUGCACUAUAUUGAUCAUGGAGUCUUGCAUUUGACAGAAACGUGUGUAAAGAAAUUGCUGAAAGAUCUGGACAACACUGAAAAGAAUGAGAAGCUGAAAUUCAGUAUUGUCAUGAGGCUUCCUGAGGCUCUUGGUCAAAAGGUCCGCCAGUUCUGGAAUCAUCCCAUAAAUGCUAAUUUCAUAGCACGGAAAUACGUGAAACUUUUGCUCGAGAAGCUGGGGAACAGGCAGUGUAGCAGGCCUGUCCCUGAGAGACUCUCAGUCCCUGUAGAGUUUUUGCCACUUAACUACCUGACUAAUAUGCUGGCAGAUGUAGAGAAUCAAGAUGUGCAUCCAUAUGAAAAACAAGAACACGUUAACGUAAGAUUUGUGGAGGAAACAGCACUCAGACACACUAUGACGCUUUUGGGCCUCAAAUAUUCCUGAAGUACCAUGCUAGUGAAGAAAGCUAACUGUGCUACUCUUUAUAUAAAGAGUAUUCACACAGCAGUGUGCAACUAACUUUUUUUUGGUGUUUGUUUUAAACUUAAAUGUUAUGUUGUUUCCCAAAUAAUCUGCAGUUUUGUGUAGCCCCCAUUACUGACAUAAACUACUCAAAAUAUUGUUUGGUGAAAUGAAUUAAGGCUGAAAUCACUGACUUCUAGAUUUAAUCCUAGAGAAAUUAGUCUGACAGAAGCCCAGGUUUCCAACGAAAGAUAUCUGUGGCUCCAUGUUGAAGUGGGCAAAUAAGGGGAACUACAUUGGGUACCAAAACAUGUGUUGAAAAUUGGAAUUAAUGUCAGUUACUUUACUAAGAUAGACAAUCCUGAAAAAGGUAGUCCAGUUGUAUUGUACAGUAACAAGAAACUGGUAAUUGUUUACUCAUUUAGAUAAUAAAAGAAUUUCUUGCUGUGCUUCUGUAAAGCAGUUAAGAAUAACAAAUGAUGAAUCAGUCUCUGUAUAUAAUGCCUCAGUAACGAUGUAUUCAUUCCUUGUGGUGGUUGUGUGUUAUGGUACUUCUGCCUUUGGAGUUGGAUCUUAAUGUAUUCAGCUUUGUAAUUAAUGCAAAAUAUAAUCUUCUCAAAGUGCAUGUGACAGAGUUGGGGUUUGGUUCUUUAAGGUAAAUAUAAUACAUCAUAAGCAAUACAAGAUAAGAAAAAAGUUCUUUAGAAAUUUACCUUAAUGGUGGAUUGGACAGUGUUUUACUUAACUGUAGUCUUACAACUUUUUAGUGAUACAGUUCAAACCUCAGCUUCAGGAAGACAUGAUGGAGAUUUGGUUUUCCUUCAUUUUUGACUUUUAUGUAUACAUAACUGAACCAGUGUUACUUGGGGUUGGGUUUUUUUGGUUGUUGUUUUUUGUUUUUUGUUUUUAAUGUUCUGAACUGUGACAUUAAUGUAAAAUAGUAACGGUGGUUUGCUAUGCAGAGAAAAUCUUAAGUUCUGAGACGCAGGCUUUCUGCAAUCUUUACUGGCUUUAAAAACAACUCUCUGUUUCAGGCGAUUAAACUAGUGAAACUCAUUGACAGUUUGGUAGAUUUUGCAGGUUUUCAAUAGCAAACACUGAUAUUCUAUCUGAGCAGUUUCCACUGAUGCUUCCCAUUCCUUACCAGAGAAAUAAUAAGAUCCAGUUCUCAGGAGUGACUUAGCAAGUUCCUGGUAAUUCCCUUGUUAUUGCCAUCAGUGGAGGAAGAGUUUUAGCUUUCUCUGUAACUGCAUAGAGAGAGGGAAUAUUUUUCUCAAUAUAAUUAAAAUUUGUUCGGCAAGUGUAAACUCCAGUCCCAUGGUGCAGAAAGCUAUGUUGGUGUAUUUGUAUAAGCGAUGGGGACUUUGUUCAUGUUGUAUUAAUAACAAGAGAAGAUUUUCCUAGCCUUUUCUUUUUAAUGGAAUGUAUUCUAUAAUCAGAUGCAAUAAAACUUCACCUGAAAAAACAAUAA